CCAUAUUGUCACACAACUAUUAUAUCAUAUAAUUUCUCAAACAAUCACUUCUUUAGUAGUUCUUCAUAUUUAGUCCUUUUUUCCCUUCUAGGGAAAAAUUACAUAUAAUUAUGGGUCAUGAAAAGAUGCUUCUUGUUGUUGUUGUUGCUCUUAUGGUGAGCUCUAGGGUUUAUGGUGCAGGAGGCAACUUUCGCGAUGAGUUUGAACCCACAUUUGGUGAUAAUAGGGUUAAUAUGGCUGGCCGGGACUUGUCACUCUCAUUAGACCAGUAUUCGGGAUCCGGGUUCCGGUCUAAGAGGGAAUACUUGUAUGGAAGGUUAGAUAUGCAAAUGAAAUUUGUUGAGGGUAACUCUGCUGGUACCGUCACUACUCUUUAUUUGACAUCUGAUCAAAGUACCGGAAGACAUGACGAGAUCGAUUUCGAGUUCUUAGGGAAUGUGUCCGGACAGCCUUACACAAUCCAUACCAAUGUGUUUAGCCAAGGGCAAGGAAGUAGGGAACAACAGUUCCACCUUUGGUUUGACCCAUCUAAGGCCUUCCACACCUAUUCUAUUGUUUGGAACCCAAAACUCAUCAUGUUCUUGGUUGAUGAAACACCUCUUAGAGUAUUCAGGAACUACGAGAACCAUGGAAUUACAUUCUUCCCAAAGAACCAAGCACAGAAAAUCCAUGCUAGUCUUUGGGAAGCCGACGAUUGGGCGACACGAGGUGGAUUGGAGAAGAUAGAUUGGUCUAAGGCACCCUUUGUAGCCCAUUAUCGCAAUUUCAACAUCGAUACCUCACCAAAUGGAGCAUAUAGAAACCAUGAUCUUAAUGCUCAAUCUAGGAGGAGAUUGAGGUGGGUUCAAAAGAAUUACAUGAUCUAUAAUUAUUGCACAGAUUGGAAACGAUUUUCUUCAAGUUUCCCUCCUGAAUGCAAGCAUGCCAAGUUUAAUUAGAAGGGUUCAAAAGGAUUAUUAUUUACUAUUGUUAUACACUAGGCUAUUGUAAUUUCAUAUGAAUUUAACUCAAAUUUGUUCUUGUAUUUUCAAUUCUUAUAAUAAAAAUUAUUAUUAUAUUCUUCUAUAUGCAUUGAUU